GCUGGCUCGUCUUAGCGGCGUGAGUUGCGGGCGCUGUCGCCUUACGCUGCUGCCUGCUCUUCAGGCGGGCUUCAGCAGGAAUGGAGCCGCUGGACGAUCUGGACCUGCUGCUGCUGGAAGAGGACAGCGGAGCGGAGGCCGUGCCGCGGAUGGAGAUACUUCAGAAGAAGGCAGACGCUUUCUUUGCUGAGACAGUUCUGAGCCGAGGAGUGGAUAACCGAUACCUGGUGCUAGCCGUUGAGACCAAGCUGAAUGAAAGAGGAGCAGAGGAGAAGCACCUACUCAUAACUGUGUCCCAGGAAGGAGAGCAGGAAGUUCUGUGCAUCCUGAGGAAUGGCUGGAGUUCGGUACCAGUUGAGCCAGGAGACAUCAUUCACAUCGAGGGAGACUGUACAUCUGAGCCGUGGAUAGUAGACGAUGACUUUGGCUAUUUUAUCCUGUCCCCGGACAUGCUGAUCUCUGGCACAAGCGUCGCCAGCAGUAUUCGGUGUCUGAGAAGAGCUGUCCUGAGUGAGACUUUCAGGGUCUCUGAUACAGCCACUCGCCAAAUGCUGAUCGGUACAAUUCUCCACGAAGUCUUUCAAAAAGCAAUAAGUGAGAGCUUUGCUCCAGAAAAGCUACAAGAGCUUGCUCUUCAAACUCUCCGAGAAGUAAGGCAUUUGAAGGAAAUGUAUCGCUUGAAUCUGAGUCAAGAUGAAGUAAGAUGUGAAGUAGAAGAGUAUCUCCCCUCUUUCUCUAAGUGGGCUGACGAGUUCAUGCAUAAGGGCACUAAGGCAGAAUUCCCUCAAAUGCAUCUCUCUCUGCCAAGUGAUAGCAGUGACAGAAGUUCACCUUGUAACAUUGAAGUAGUCAAGUCACUAGAUAUUGAAGAAAGCAUCUGGUCCCCGAGGUUUGGACUGAAAGGCAAAAUAGACGUCACCGUUGGGGUCAAAAUACAUCGAGAUUGUAAGACGAAAUAUAAGAUAAUGCCACUGGAGCUCAAAACUGGCAAAGAAUCGAAUUCUAUUGAACACCGAGGUCAGGUGAUCCUGUACACACUGCUAAGCCAGGAGAGACGAGAGGAUCCUGAGGCUGGCUGGCUUCUCUAUCUCAAGACCGGGCAGAUGUACCCUGUGCCCGCCAACCAUCUGGACAAAAGAGAACUGCUGAAGCUCAGGAACCAACUGGCCUUCUCUCUGCUGCACCGAGUUAGCAGAGCAGCUGCCGGGGAGGAAGCACGGCUUUUGGCCUUGCCACAAAUAAUUGAGGAAGAGAAAACCUGUAAAUAUUGUUCGCAGAUGGGCAACUGUGCUCUUUAUAGCAGAGCAGUUGAACAGGUACAUGACACUUCCAUCCCAGAAGGCAUGCGGUCCAAAAUCCAGGAAGGAACUCAGCACCUGACGCGGGCGCACUUGAAGUAUUUCAGCCUGUGGUGCCUCAUGUUAACGUUGGAGUCACAAUCUAAAGAUACUAAGAAGAGUCACCAGAGCAUCUGGUUAACGCCUGCGUCCAAACUGGAGGAGAGCGGCAACUGCAUUGGAAGCCUGGUCAGGACAGAGCCUGUAAAGCGAGUUUGUGAUGGACACUACUUACAUAAUUUUCAGCGGAAAAAUGGCCCCAUGCCCGCCACCAAUCUGAUGGCAGGUGACAGAAUCAUUUUAAGUGGAGAAGAGAGAAAACUGUUUGCUUUGUCUAAAGGCUACGUGAAGAGGAUUGACACAGCAGCGGUAACCUGCUUGCUAGACAGGAACCUGUCAACACUUCCAGAAACAACAUUGUUUCGAUUAGACCGGGAAGAAAAACAUGGUGAUAUAAAUACUCCCUUAGGAAAUCUGUCUAAAUUGAUGGAAAACACAGAUAGCAGCAAAAGACUUCGAGAACUAAUCAUUGAUUUCAAGGAACCUCAGUUUAUAGCCUACCUCAGCUCCGUUCUUCCACACGAUGCGAAGGAUACAGUGGCCAACAUUCUAAAGGGUUUGAAUAAGCCUCAGAGACAAGCAAUGAAGAAGGUUCUUCUUUCAAAAGACUACACACUCAUUGUCGGGAUGCCAGGGACAGGAAAGACAACCACAAUAUGUGCCCUUGUAAGGAUCCUCUCUGCCUGUGGUUUCAGCGUUCUGCUGACCAGUUAUACGCACUCUGCCGUGGACAAUAUUCUCUUGAAGUUAGCCAAGUUUAAAAUUGGAUUUUUGCGUCUGGGUCAGUCUCAUAAGGUCCAUCCAGACAUCCAGAAGUUUACAGAGGAGGAGAUGUGCAGACUGAGGUCCAUUGCGUCCUUAGCCCAUCUAGAAGAACUCUAUAAUAGUCACCCUGUCGUUGCCACAACCUGCAUGGGAAUAAGCCACCCAAUGUUUUCCCGAAAAACCUUUGAUUUCUGUAUUGUGGAUGAAGCCUCUCAAAUCAGUCAGCCCAUCUGCCUGGGCCCACUUUUCUUUUCUCGGAGGUUUGUGUUGGUGGGGGACCAUAAGCAACUUCCUCCCCUGGUACUGAACCGGGAAGCAAGAGCUCUGGGCAUGAGCGAGAGCUUGUUCAAGAGGCUGGAGAGGAACGAGAGUGCUGUUGUGCAGCUGACGAUACAGUACAGGAUGAACAGGAAGAUUAUGUCCUUGAGCAAUAAGCUCACGUAUGAAGGGAAACUGGAGUGUGGAUCAGACCGAGUGGCCAACGCAGUGAUAACCCUGCCCAACCUCAAGGAUGUCAGGCUGGAGUUUUAUGCCGAUUAUUCUGAUAACCCCUGGCUGGCUGGAGUGUUUGAGCCAGACAAUCCCGUUUGUUUCCUUAAUACAGAUAAGGUCCCAGCUCCAGAACAAAUUGAAAAUGGUGGCGUGAGCAAUGUCACAGAAGCCAGACUCAUCGUCUUCCUAACCUCAACUUUUAUAAAGGCAGGCUGCAGCCCCUCGGAUAUUGGCAUCAUCGCCCCGUACCGGCAGCAGCUGCGGACCAUCACCGACCUGCUGGCACGGUCUUCUGUUGGGAUGGUCGAGGUUAACACAGUGGACAAGUACCAAGGAAGGGACAAGAGUCUCAUCCUGGUGUCCUUUGUUAGGAGCAACGAGGAUGGAACUCUUGGUGAGCUCCUGAAAGAUUGGCGAAGACUCAACGUGGCCAUAACCAGAGCCAAACAUAAACUGAUCCUGCUGGGCAGCGUGUCCUCGCUGAAGCGCUUUCCCCCUUUGGAGAAGCUCUUUGACCAUCUGAACGCAGAGCAGUUAAUCAGGAACCUUCCAUCAAGAGAGCACGAGAGUCUGUACCACAUCCUGGGUGACUGUCAGAGAGACUGAAGCACUGCACUGCUACCUGCCGUUCAUGGCAGUGAGGGGAUCACAUGGCCUAAGCUCCAGCUUAGCUUUGCUGGGAAUGCCACCCUUAAACGGAAGACGACGUUUAGCCGAAAGGUACAAAAGGACGUGAAUGUACCUUUCUCAAAGUUCCAGAUUUUUCUCUUCUGUUACCAGGCGAAAUUCUACUUUAAAAGUACUGAUGUACCCAAGACUGAGAAGUCAAAAUUUGGAAAUACUUCAAGUAUAUCUGUGUAUGGCCAAGCUGGGGGAAGUAAGAUUUCCACUUGAAAAACUUGGGGUCUGUACUGUAAUACCUAAGGUUCUGUUAGAUCUCAAGGUCAAGAUCUCACAAAUUAGAAUUUGGGGUCUGAUUCCAGAAUUGUAAAAGGUCAGACAGACUGGC